AUGAGAGGAUUCCAACGAGCUAUGGCUCGUCCUUAUACACAACUAAAUAAAGAAAUAGAAUGCGAGUUAAAAACACCAAUCAAAAACGUCUCAGAACAAAGAAAAAUGCUGAAAAAUAAAAAACGUGAAAAAAAAUCAGUUAAGGAAAUUGUGCUCCCAUCAAAUGAUGAUCAGAUAUCGAUCCAAAAAAAUACUGGGGCUCAGAGUACAACAUCACGUGAUAUUUUAUUUUAUGAUAUACCAUCAAGAUAUAGCGAGGAAGAGGAGUAG